UCAUUCUCAAGUUCCACAAAUAAGCAUAUAUCCUUUACAACUAUAUACAAAAUCCCCAUGACACCCAUUCUAAUGGUAUUGGUCUUCUUCUUCUUCUCAGGUGAAUUUAUGAAAUUGUCUUCAGCUACACUUUUCACCAUUCAAAACAGCUGCAGCUACACAAUCUGGCCGGGGACACUAUCCGGCGAUGGCGCCACCCUUCUCGGCGGCGGCGGCUUCGCAUUGGCCCCCGGCGACACCGUCCAGCUUCCUGCCCCGCCGGGUUGGUCGGGCCGGUUCUGGGCCCGAACCGGCUGCAGCUUCGACGAGGCCGGUGCCGGCAGCUGCGCCACCGGCGACUGCGGCGGCGGGAUCAGGUGCACCGGCGGCGGAGCUCCGCCGGUGUCCCUGGUGGAAUUCACGCUAGGGAGCGCCGACGGAGCGGCGAAGGACUUCUACGACGUCAGCCUGGUCGACGGCUACAACGUCGGCGUCGCCGUCCGGCCGUCCGGCGGCGCCGGAGAAUGCCAGUCCGCCGGGUGCGUGGCGGACUUGAACGCCGACUGCCCGGAGGAGCUGGAGGUGGUGGACGGCAGCGGCGCGGUGGUGGCGUGCAAGAGCGCGUGCCUGGCGUUCAACACGGCGGAGUUCUGCUGCACCGGCGAGCACGCGACGGCGGCGACGUGCCCGGCGACGCCGUACUCGGCGGUGUUCAAAAGCGCGUGCCCGACGGCGUACAGCUACGCCUACGACGACAUGUCCAGCACGUGCACUUGUACGGACUCUGAUUAUUUUAUUACUUUCUGCCCCUCCACCUGAUCCAAUCCAUGGUAAUACAAUUGUGUUUGGUUGUGUUUAAAAGAAUUUUCGAUAUUAUUUGUUUUAAUUUAAA